CGCUUAAACAAGCCAUGUCUUGAAAACAGCCUGAUCUCGAGCGGAGUCUUCAGCCUCAAUAAUGAAAGCGCCGGGUAGUCUGCCUUGUCCGAAUCCAAGUUCUAUUCGCUGGAUCAUCAUCUACAUACUUUUGCGAUGAAGGACCUUUCUUUGAAGCAGUUUGAUAACUCCAGCGCCAGAGUUCUGCUUAUACUGUCAUUGUGAAGAUGUCUUUGUCGAUGUUGCCUUCGGCACAUGAGAACGAGUCUCCGGACACUACCAAAGUUCACGAUGUGAUGAACGCUUGUCAUUGUAGUGAGGGGGCCGCAAUGAGAUUGCUGAAAUGUAGCAACAAUGUGGAGGAAGCGAAACUUCGCCACGAUAUCGAGACACUCUAUGGAGUCCCAACAGCUCCCCCAGAGACGCAGAUACACCAACCUCCUCAGGAAUAUGACUUUGAUUUUCUUUCUGAUGAGAGCUCUGAUGACGACCUGACGCUCAUCACGCCCUCUCCGGGUGAGGUUCCUCCAAGCAGUGAAAAAGCUCUGGCAAAGCGUCCACCACCUCCUAAAAAGCCUCAGAACCUGCGAAGCGUAAGCUUGCCAAAGAAUGAGAGCGAUGAUACCAAACAGAAUCCCACCAGCCCCACCAGCCCUCAGCCAGCCCAGAAAUCUUCCCAUCCCAUCCAAGAUGGGACCUCUGCAUCCACCCCUGAAAUUGCUUCUCAUCUAGCGUCCCGGUCAAACAGUUGGCCAGAGAUGGAGCCGAUAGCUACAGAGUCUUUCACCGAGCCACCGACUAUUCCCAAGCUAGUCCUCAAAGAACCUUCCUUUCCACAGCUAGUUUUAGAAGACCUCGUCAUCGAGGAUCCAGCCUGUAGCGCCCCUCAACCCGAAAAUCCAAUGGUGGAAGAUGUCAAGGAGCCGGAAUGGAAUUUCAUUCUUCCAGAGAUCCCCCCACCACCAAGUUUAACACCUGGAGUGGGAGAAGGUAAUGAUGGCUUCAGUCUGCGGGAUUUAGUUGGUGCUAUUCAACAUGGAAUAGACAUCCGUUUUGUGACAGAGUAUCUAGCGUAUUAUGACUCGGACGUUAUACGAAGACAUCUCUGCGACACGCUGGAAGGGUUCCCGUCAAUCUUCUUCGCUGUGGGAACAAACAAUGAAACCCUGAUCCGAAGGUGGCAUGAAUUUGGCGCAGACGUUUCAGCUAUCCACUGCGCUUCAAAGGUUCCUCUCCUCGCUUUCGCUAUCAUGAAUAGCGAACAGCUCGACACUGAUACCACACUCACGGUGUCAACACUCCUGAGUCUCGGUGCGGCCCCCGAAGUCAUCCCUUCAUCGUUUUACACACCAUUUAUCCAAGAUCUUCCCGACAACGGCCCCAGCGACGAAAGCUUGAAGAACGACAUGGAAGACAAGACUAACUCUUGGUGUACUCCUGCCGCAAGAGCAAAGCUUGCCCGAACAGCUAAUAUCACUCAACGCUAUUACCUCGAGCGUGCAUCUAAGACGAAGAAACCCUCGAGUCGCCACAAGCAAGUUGCCAAGCUGAGGAAUGCCGAAGCACUUCUCGGAAUCCCGUAUUUCUUGAUUGGUCAGACAAUGGCCACGAACCGACUUUUCCAAAAACUACUAAACUACAUGAUGGUGCCGACUAAAAGACCUUUGGUAAUGGUCUUCGCAGGGCCCAGUGGUCACGGAAAGACUGAACUUGCGAGGCGACUCGGGCAUUUGAUGAGUUUGGAUCUCGAAAUCGUCGAUUGCACCAUCUACAACCGAGAGAUAGAAUUGUUCGGUCCGCGAAAUCCCUAUGUUGGAGCCGAACAUGGAACCCCGUUGAACAAUUUCCUGGCCAAGAAUGCGGGGAAGAGGUGUAUCGUAUUCCUCGACGAGUUUGAGAAGACCACGACUGAUAUACAUCAAGCUUUAUUGGUUCCCUUUGAUAAUGGGGAGUACCAGGAUCGCCGUGACCUCAAACAGAUCGACUGCUCCAAGACAGUCUGGAUUUUGGCUACGAACGCAUUGGAUUUAACGAUUCAAAACUUCUGCAAACUGCACCAUAAACCAAUUUUCGAAGAUGACGACGAUAGCGAGAAGCUCCGGUUGAUGAAGAGUCUCUCGAAAGCGAUAAAGGAAGACUUCCUUUCCCAAUUUGGAUCUCCAGUCACAGGUCGAAUCUCGGACUUCCUCCCGUUCCUGCCCUUUUCCCCCGGAGAGCAAGCGGUAAUCGUGCACAAAUUCCUCCUUGAAUUAGGCCAAAAGGUCCGGGGACCUGUAAAUCUUGUACCAGGCCCAAAGGAGCAGCUUCUUGGAAAUGUAAGGUUGAAGAUCCGCAAAGAUGCGUCGGUGUGUCGUAUUUUGGCCGAGGCGGAAUAUCAUUCUGACCUUGGUGCUCGGAGUUUGAUUAUGGGCGCUAGGAAGUUGGAAGACACUCUUGUCGAAGUCUAUCUCGAGGUUGACGAAGAGAUCCGUGAGAGUGAGAAGAUGGUUGAUUUUGUGGUCGAUAUCAAUGGAUCUGAGGUAAUCGCAAAGAUGGUCAAGCAGUAGGAGUCAGAAAAGAUAGACUUAAGUUGAACCAUUAGUCUACUUAAGUCAUUAGAACGAUUUAUGCAUGCUCCGAGGCGGACGCGCUCGUCACAACACUCAAUUGGGUUACAGCAGCAACGUUUUAUAGGUCUUCAAACUCCGCAAUGUUGUUGGAGAGCUUAUUCCCAUCACCUGACUCUUUGAAUAUCUGGU